CAUUUCUAUAUAUAUGUUUUAUAUUAAUAAUAAAUGAUAACUAUAUUUUUUUAUUUCAUAAAUGGAACAUAUACAAGCUCAAGAUAAUAGGCACAUUAAAACAACUGAAAAUGAUCCUCCAAAGCUGAUUGAACAGAUUUGUUUUAUUAUUUCCAUGUUAUUGGUUGUGCUAACUUUCCCAUUAUCGAUGAUAUUUUGUCUUACUGUCCUACCUGAGUAUGAAAGAGCUGUAAUACUUCGAUUGGGACGGUUAAAAAAGGGUGGUGCACGCGGUCCCGGAUUGGUGUUUAUAUUACCAUGCAUUGAUACACUUUAUCGCGUAGAUUUACGUACCAGUUCAUACCAUGUAGCACCUCAAGAAAUUCUUACCAAGGAUUCCGUAACCAUUUAUGUUGAUGCAGUUAUUUAUUAUAGAAUGAAAGAACCAUUGAAAGCAGUUAUACAAAUCGCUGCAGCAGAAGAAUCGACCAAAUUACUAUCGCAAACAACACUUCGCAAGGUUACUGGUACUAAAAUGCUAAUGGAAAUGCUAUCUGAAAAAGAAUCUCUAUCAAUUGAUAUUGAACAUAUAUUAGAUGAGAUAACAGAUCGUUGGGGUGUUAAAGUAGAACGUGUUGAAAUUAAAGAUGUCCGACUACCAUUAGAAUUACAGAGAGCUAUGGCCGCUGAAGCAGAAGCUACACGAGAGGCUAAAGCAAAAAUUGUUGCAGCUGAAGGUGAAUUAAAUGCAGCCAGGUUUUUAAAAGAAGCGUCAGAUGUAAUGUCACAAAAUCCAAUAUCGCUACAGUUACGUUAUCUACAAACACUUGCUUCAAUAUCACAAGAAAGAAAUUCUACAACGGUUUUCCCAUUUCCGAUCGAUUUCUUGCAAGUACCAAAGUGAUGUUUGUUUCUUUAUUUUCAGUGUAAAGUGUUUUAUUUAAUAUAUUACAAUAAUUUUUAUA